GGUUACAGACCCCCUUUUUGUUAGUUAGCAUUAGCACUGCCUGGACGUCCCGGUGUCUGUUAGCUAACACUCCCGAUGUGAACGGUUUCACUUUCGGUGUGGAUCGUGACGCACUGUUGUCUUCUCUCUGUCGAGCGAAUCUCCAACAGCGAUAUAUCGAGUCGGUCUGUAUGUGAAACAAUGAAGACGUUUGUGUGUCUCGCCGUCGUCCUUCUGCUGGGACUCACAGGUCUUUCGGCAGUCAAGACCAUUUCACCCAAGGUUCAGGUGUACACCCGCUCCCCCGGACACUACGGGACCGCCAACACCCUCAUCUGCCAUGUCAGUGGAUUCCAUCCUCCUGAAAUCACCAUCGAGCUGCUCAGGAAUGACAAAGAGAUACCAGGCUCUCAGCAGACCGACCUGGCCUUUGAAGAGAACUGGCACUACCACAUGACCAAGCAUGUGCCUUUCACCCCAACCAAGGAGGAUGUGUUCACCUGCAGAGUAACUCAUGGGGGGAAAAAGAACACAUAUAUUUGGGAGGCAGAUAUGUAAGUUCUACACGUGUCCAGCUCCAGGUCUGCUCAGCAGGAUGGAGAAGAUUGGAAUAUUUCUGGAAUCUUGAAAAUGUCUAAAGUAAUGGAUUUGAUUAUGCAACCGUUUGAGCUUCACAAAAUGAAAACACUGCACUUCCACGGGCUCAGACAGCAGCCAUCCUUCAGCUUCAUUCGUUUCUGUGACACACAGCGCCACAGCAGCGUGCGUUAAACCACUCAAUUUUGCGUCUGCUGUCAAAAGUGAACACGAAGUAUCAACAUCGACAGCAGGCGUCAUGUUUGAAACGUGCCCAGCUUACUCCAGUCACGUAGCUGAAAUGUUCCCUGAGGCCAAACCAAAUGUAUUUUCUGUGCCUUAUUCUCUUAAAACAGCUGGAAGACAGAACAACCCAUAACUACACUUUGCCUUUAACACAUCCAGAACGUGUGAAGCACCUGAUUUGAAGUUAUCUCGAAUGAUGAGUUUUGGCAUCUGCUGUGAAAGGUCUGGAUGUGUGUUUCCUACUAGCUGUAGGAAACACACAUCCAGGUGGUGUCCGUGGGAGUGUCCGUGGGUGUGGUCGUCCGUGGAAACGUGCAGAAGUUUUGAGGAUUUGAUUAGUUAUGGAUUUCUCUUCAGAUAAAUAUUCCUUUAGGAAUCUUGUGGUGAUCUGAGUAUCGACUUUGUGGUGGUGGUGAAACUGAAGUGUUUGCAUUGCUCUGAUUUUUAAGGUAAAUCUAUACAGACUAAAGACUUUCAUAUUAAUGUUGUAAUAAGGUAAUCAAUGUAAAUAUGUAUCCAAUUUGAAAAUGUGUAUUUUACUAAAACAUGCUUUGUGUUGAAAUGACUCCAAACGUGACCGUUUGCUUGGUUUGUUUGUAACAUUACAAGUUUAUGAAGUUAACCAGACGGUUCCUGUUUGUUCUGGCAUAUUUUAUGCAAAAUAAAACUAUAUUGGUUUAAUUCA